UCAGGCUGUGAAUGAUAUAUGAGCAAAGCCUGUUGCAAAUACGUUCAGAAUAUAGAUAAGAAUGAAACUGGAAGGUGUGUUGUAUGUAAGUGCUACUGAAGUGGAGAUUUCUGGCUCAGAGUAUGAGAAAGUAUGAGGAAAAAACGUUUGAAAACAGCCUAUAAAUACAUGAAUUGUAAAAUUCCGUACACUUUGCUAGACAUUACAAUAAGACAAUUAUUCUAGAAAUGUGUAUAUUUAUUAAUGCAAAUGAGGCAUCAUCUAAAUUUAGGACAAAUCUACAGACGCAAAUAGACAAAGAGUAGUAAAAUAAACUAUAAAAUAACAUCCAGAACAUCCAAAAUGUUUUCACUAGUCUGAAAGCAAAAUCCAAAAACUCAAAAUUGAAAAAUUAUGUUUUUGCCUGUUCUGUCUCCCCUUAAGACGUGUGACAGCCUCAGUCAAAACAUCCAUUUGAGUGGGCAUGCAAUAAAAGGAAAACAUGUAAUAAAGACACAAGUUUAUAUAGAAAUGUUGAUUAAGCCUCAAUUGAAAAAUAGAAGAAAUAGAAGAAAGAAAGUUAAAAGAAAAUCUUUAAAGUGGAAAAUAAAACGGUUAAGCUCCCAAAUAACCAUCAAUUAACAAAUAAAGAGUUGUUUAUAAGAGCCUAUAGUUGUCUGAACAAACAGAAUAAAGGCAUCACAUAAACAAACAAAAAAGGCUGAGUCAUGAUGAGCUGAGCUCUGUUCACCUAAAUAUAAGUUUGAAUGGCAAAUUAUAUGUUAAAAGAUCCUGCAAGUUCUGUAUCCUUUGCAUUAUGGCAGCCAGAGCAUUACGGUGGACUUUAGCUUGAGUUGUGGGACGGUCCGGUUGUUUUUAAAGAAGGACAACACAAUAAUGACACGACAGUCAGGGUGUGUACACUGUACACUGUAGCCUACACUGGAUACCACGCCUGGGGAAAUAGGCGACAUUGUUUAUCUUCACUUUAGGGGUGGGGCGUUUCUCUACAGGUGCGCUCCCUCAGCUCAGGUAGCCUACAAAGAAUAAAGCAUCAUCCUCCCGUUAUACAAGCUUAAAGCAAGCAGCUGUAAUGUUCCCACCAUGGAGCUGAAAAGGUGUAUAGGAGGAUGCGUGACUCCAUUUCUGAUCGGCUUUCUAUUUGAUGUCCUCGGUCUGAUUCUGCUUUUCGUCGGCAUAUUCGCCAACGUGCGCAUCGGCGACCGCUUUUACGGCGACUUCUUGAUCUACUCCGGCUCUCUGAUCAUUUUCUUCAGCCUGGCCUUCUGGUUAAUGUGGUACGUGGGGAACGUCCAGGUGUCGGAGGACGACGAGGGCGACUGGAAGAAGAGCAGCAGUAUCGUGCAGCUGGCCAGGAAACUAUCCGAGAGGUUAAGCCAGAAACUGAAAGGAGAGCCACGCGUAAAAUGUGUUGAGGAUGAUGAGGACGGCAGCCAGGUGGGACCGCACAAAGCCAGCCGGGUGACAUGGGGCCGGUCCACAGCAUACCACAAUAAAGGCUACGACGACUGCCUGGACUCCCCUUCUAUGGAGAAGAAAGUGGAGCUAGAACCAGAGGAGAAAACAGAGAUGUGAACUUCCACCUGAUGCCACGAAUGGGUACCUUAAACAAAUAGUUUUGUGGUCAUGUCUGCUGUGAUACAUUUCAGAAAUUGGAGGUGUGCAUGAGCCUGCACAGUCAAUAUCAACAAACUAAACCAAUCAUAUUUAAAGUAAAUUUGAACGUUUUUUUUAUGUGGAGAAAAUAUGUAUAUCUCUAUGAACAUCAGGAUUUAAAAUUAGGUUAUGACCACUGUAAUCGUUUUUAAUAUUUCAACUUAGCACAUUCAUUUAAGUAGUACAUUUUGGGUUGUGGGUAGCAUACCAAAAUAAAGGCUAUGAAGACUGCCUG